AUGACCAUGGGGAGGAUCAUAUUCUACGAGGACCGGAACUUCCAGGGCCGGUCCUACGAGACCAGCAGCGACUGCCCCGAGCUGACCUCCUUCCUGACCAAGUGCAACUCCUGCCGGGUGGAGUGCGGCCUCUUCAUGGUCUAUGAGCAGAACAACUUCACGGGCCAUCAGACGCUGGCGAGGAGGGGGGAGUACCCGGACAACCAGCGCCUGAUGGGGACGAGUAUCAGCGACUGCAUCAGGUCCUGUCGCAUGAUUCCCACGCACAGGGGACCCUUCCGCAUGAGGAUCUACGAGAGGGAGAACUUCGGCGGCCAGAUGCACGAGCUGAUGGACGACUGCGACAACAUGAUGGACCGUUUCCAGUCGGCCGACUUCCAGUCCUGCAACGUGAUGGACGGCCACUGGCUGAUGUACGAGCAGCCCAACUACAAAGGCCGGAUGCUGUACCUCCGGCCGGGAGAGCACCGCAACCUGCGAGAGCUGGGGAUGAGCAACAUGUCCCGGCUGAGCUCCAUCAGACGCAUCGUAGACUCCUGUUAA